AUGGGAAAGGCGUCCAACGCGAAGCAUAGGAACCACCGAGGCGGCGGCGAUAAGCCCGAGAAGGGUUACACCGGGGACCGUGACGAAGUGGAAUCAGCUGACGAGGGUUCUAGCGAUAGCGACUAUCUUUCGGAGUCGGAAGACGAAGGGACUGACGAUUACAAGCGAGGUGGUUACCACCCCGUGAAGAUCGGCGAUACGUUCAGGAAUGGUCGUUAUCGCGUGGUGAAGAAGCUCGGAUGGGGUCACUUCUCGACCGUCUGGCUCGCGUGGGAUGAAACGGAGAAGCGCUACGUGGCUCUCAAGGUGCAGAAGAGCGCGUCGCACUAUACCGAGUCAGCUCUUGACGAGGUUCAGCUCCUCAGACAGGUGGCGGACGGCGAUCCGCGGAACGACAAGUGCGUGGUGCGCCUACUGGACCACUUCCGCCACUCGGGCCCGCACGGCUCGCACGUGUGCAUGGUCUUCGAGUCUCUAGGGGAGAACCUCCUCUCGCUCAUCCGCCGCUUCCGCUACCGCGGCCUGCCCCUCCCCGCAGUCAGGCACCUCGCGCGCCACAUCCUCACAGGCUUAGACUAUCUGCAUAGGCAGCUGUCGAUUAUACAUACGGAUUUAAAGCCCGAGAAUGUGCUGCUGGUGCGGUCGAUAGAUGAUCAGCUGGGGAUUGGGGGGAGAAUGGAGGGUCCCCCGCCUCCGCCUCCGCCUCCCCCUCCGGUUUCGGUUUCGCGUGGGGGGGAUGGCGCGGGGGCUGGGGGAGUGCGUGGGGGAGGGGCUGGGGGAACGGCGGAAGGGGGGGCGUUGGCGUCACCAGCGUCGUCGGGACUGACGAAGAACCAGCGGAAGAAGCUGAAGAAGAAAGCCAAGAAGGCUGGAGCUGCUGCCGGCGGUGCUGCUAAUGGCGCUGCUGAUGGGGCUGCUGGUGGUGGUGGUGCGGGGGCACAGGCCGGGGAAGGGGGAGAAGGGGGAGAGGCGGAGGCGGGGGCUGCGGAUAUGGGGGAGAGUGAGGGGGGUUCGAGGAUGGAGGAGAGUAGCGCGGGCAUGGGGGAAGGGGGCGCGGGGGGAGGCGCGGAGGGGAUGGUGGAGGACACGGCGGAUAGCAGAGCAGCAGGGGGGGCGGCGGUGGAGGGAGGGAGGGAGUCGUCCGCGUUAGAAGCUGGGCUGAAAGAGUUCCUAGGGCUCGAAGGUAACGGAAAGGCAAGAGGGCCAGGUGAAGGGGUGGGGAAAGGGGCCGAAGCAGGGGCAGGGGGUGGUGGAGAGGCAGGGGCAGCAGCAGCAGCAGCAGCACCAGUAGUAUCACCGCUGGCAGCGGGACUGGGAGCACAGAAGGGGGUAUUCACGUCUUCGUCUUCAAUGGAGGAUUACCUUGGGCUGGCCGACCUAGCUGCGUCUGUUGCUGCCACUGCCACCGCUUCUGCUGCUGGUGGUGGCGGUGGUGUGGCAGGGACUGAUGGUGGCACACGGGUGAAGAGUGCAGGGGAGAAAGCUUCAGCAGCAACAGCGGCAGCAGCAGGAGCGGCAGCAGGAACAGCAGCGGCACAAGCGGCAGCAGAGGCGGCAGCAGAGGUGGCAGGGAGGAGGAAGCGGCCUGUGGACCUGACAGGGAUGGAUAUGAGCUGCAAGAUCGUGGACCUCGGGAAUGCCUGCUGGACGUACAAGCAGUUCACAAGUGACAUUCAGACGCGCCAGUACCGCUGCCCCGAGUUCACGAGUGACAUUCAGACGCGUCAGUACCGCUGCCCCGAGGUGCUGCUGGGAGCGCGCUACUCCACCUCAGCGGACAUGUGGUCCUUCGCCUGCCUCAUCUUCGAGCUCGUCACUGGAGAUGUGCUCUUUGACCCGCGCUCAGGCCAUGACUUCGACCGGGAUGAGGUGGGACUCUCUUGCUUGGUUACUGGCGUUACUUCCCAUGGACUUUGCUCUGGGUGUGAGCUCGUCACUGGCGAUGUUUUCUUUGACCCGCGCUCAGGCCGUGACUUUGACCGCGAUGAGGAUCAUCUUGCGCUGAUGAUGGAGCUGAUUGGUCGGAUUCCAAAGAAGAUCGCCCUAGGCGGCAAGUACUCUAGGGAUUUUUUCUCGCGCAACGGGGAGCUGAGGCACAUAAGGCGCCUCAAGUUCUGGCCGCUAGACCGAGUGCUCACAGAGAAAUACGACCUCCCCCCAGCAGAAGCCACCUCCCUCGCCUCCUUCCUCACCCCCAUGCUCGUUUUCGCCCCCGAGCGCCGAGCCACUGCCCGCCAGGCCCUCGCCCACCCCUGGCUCGCCGAACCUGAGCCGGAGCGGCCGCUAGGUUUGGAUGGUGCAGGAGGUUCGGGUGGGGCGGUUGGUAGAGGGGGUGGGGAGGUGGAGGAUAAGAGGAAACGGGGGGAGAGUAGGGAGAAGAAGGGGGGUGGAGUGAGGGAAGGGAAGGAGAGUGGUGACAGGAGGGAGGGAGAGAAUGGGGCAUCUGCAGAUGGGAAGGGAAAGGUGAAUGGGAUAGAUGGGGGAGGGUUGAGAGAUAAGAGGGAACGGACCGGAGGGAGGGGAGGGGGUGGUGGAGUGAUGAAUGGGGAAGGUGACGGGAUGGAGUGCGAUUCCGGGGAUGGUGCAAUUGCUGGGCAAAGAGGAGGUAAAGCAGCUGCUAAAGCAGCUGUGACGUCGCCAUUAGCGGCUUCGGUGCCUUUGUCGGCAUGA